CCUUAUCACUUAACACAUCGGCCUGUAGGUGCCGCUAUUAGCUAGCUUCUUUCUAAUGCCUUAACACUGGGAAAAUGUGUCAGGCAUUUAAUGAUUCUGUGACAUUAAUGCUCUUGUCAUUGGUUGGAUUACAGUUUCAGUGUCCGAAUUACCUCCACUGGUGCAACAGUAAACCAUUGUGCUCAUGAGGACAUGCAGAGGUACUGGUGGCCUGGUUAUGAGAUCCAACUUCUUGCAGAGCUGCAGAAACAACAAAACAGCGCCCAGUUCUGUGAUACCCUGCUGCAAACUGAGGGUAUCUCCGUGCCAAUCCACAGCUGCAUUGUUGCAGCUCUCAGUCCUCACCUGUCUCAGAAGCUGUCAGCGUCCCUGUCUCCUCCACUGGGCCAGAAGCGCCACCUGCAGCUCCGAGCUGUGAAGGCCCAGACCUUGCUGAAGCUUGUUGGUCUCAUGUACUCUGGAGAGGUGGAGGUAAAAGGAAGCGUAGAGCAGAAUGACGUGCUGUCUGCAGCCCGCCAGUUUGGGAUUACAGACCUUGUUGCAGGACAGAGAGAUGUGUGGAUGAAGGGUAGUUGUGGGAGUUGCAGAAAGAGCCAUGAAAACAGGAAAAUGCAGGAUGCAUAUGUUCAAGCAGAGACGACUGGAUGGAGAGAUUCUCUUGCUGGUAAGAGAAGUUGUGUCUCCACAGGCACACAGACUGUUGAAGCUGAUGAAAAGACAGAUGAUUCUUUUUCCCAAGAUCCUCAAGGCUCGGGGUUCUUUUUCACAUCACAACCCAAAAAUGUUACUCUCGAUAACCAUUUUUACUCCACUGGUCUUCAGUCUACUCCUAGAGUCCCCAGCGGGCCACCAAGCGAUGGAGAAUUUUCAUUAGAUCGAUCGUCUAGCAGUCUCACAAACCCCACGUCGACCUCAGCUUGGCCCAGUGAGAUGUUGCCCCUCCUGAUAUCCCCUGAUGAUGACUCAAACUCCUCGACACCUCAGAAAGACCGCUCCUCUCAGCAGUCAUCUAAGUCUGGGGACUCCACACAGGGUUUGGCUGAGGAAAGGAUGGACUCAGAAGAUGGAGACUCAAAUGGCAAGACGGCUGACAAUAGAGAAAAAGCAGAAGAGCCAAACAGCGCCGACAGAGAUGACAUCUUAGGAGAGAAGCAUGCUUGUGCAAAUGUAGGGAGCAAGUGCCUGAUGAAACAGGUGAAUCAGAGGGUGGAGACCACACAGAUUUCCUUCAAGGUUAAGCUGAGGAGGAGGACCAAAGGAGAACUGUGGGAAGUUGUGAGCAUGCAUGACACAGAUGAGACGUUGUCAGUUCGUACAUCCCUGAAACAGACGGACCUCACAAACCAUCAGGCGUCCUCUGUCCAGACAGGCCCAAUUCAUAAACCAGAGACCCCGAUUGUUCAACCUGCUCCCGACUUCUCCUCCGGACCACCAGCUCACCCCAACACCAUGUCUGACUCCCAGCCUUUCUGUAAUGACAGCCUCCCUCCAAACCAAAACAUUGCCCUUGAAUCAGUUACACUGAACCCACCUCCAGGCCCUAUGGAGGAGUCUGAUGAGCAGAUAGAGAAACUGUUGGAGGACAUCAUGAUGGGUCUGAAUAUCCUGCCAAACCUGGACGGGGACUGCAAGAUGUCUCAUCAUGUCCAGUCGAGCCAUGACGUAGCACCGGCCAUUGGCCAAGUCCAAAUACAAGAGAAUGACCGGGCACAGAGUCAGGUGCAUAGUGCAGCAGGAUGUGUGUGUUUCCAGGAUUUGGGGACACACAUUGGUCAUUCUUCAACAGAUACAGACUCACUUGAAGGAGAAUUCAAUGCACCAACUAAAUCCCCACACUGCAACAUCUACGCUUGUCAGCCCUCCAUUACCCCAAACCGCAAACCCAACACUAACCACUUCAGCUUUGUUAAUUCAAGAUGGACUGAUGGCUGUCUUCCCACCUGUUGUUCAGGUGUCCACUGUUGUUUUACAGCUCAGAACCAGCACAGCGGCUUGAGCCUUUCGGCUGUACAGUCGGAUGCUGUGCUAAUCCGGCAGCAACAGCAGCAAUUUAAUGUCGGCAACUCUUUGGUCACGUCUGCGGGGCAAAGAGAUGGAAUGAGCUUGCCGCUGUCCAAAAGUCAAAGCUGUCCUUAUCCUGACGCACCAGCAACAAGAUCAGUCAUACCCUCAACUCUCAGUCAUUACCCAUCAUGUCAGGUACCUUCCUCACAAGACGAUCAGAACAUCUUAGAGUUUUUACCCCUGACCAAUGGACAUGUGGCCCAGUCCUCGCUCUCUUCUUCUUUUCCUUGCAUAGAGGAGUUGCGCCUUCCUCGGUGUCUCUCUCCAUUAGGACCAUUGGCUUCAGCAGCAAAACAUCCGCCGUUCUUCAAUAACUUGACGAACCACGGCGAUAAAACUCAGCCACAACCAUCUCUAAACUGCCCGCCCUGGCUUGCUGAAAACUCUGGAUCACUUCAGUUUCCUCUCUGUGCCAUCGCUCACAGAGAAAAUAAAAGUGAAUGCUCACCAAAGUCGACAAACCACAGCUGUAGCUCAGAGCAACAGCAGACACGUCAGGAGUUAAGCCCAAAACAGAAGAGACCCAGAGCAGAAGCCUUCACUGUGAAAGAGGUGGAAGAGCAAGAGACUAAAUUUGCUGCUCAUAAAACUGGCACAGAAGAGAAGUCUGACCACUGGAGGAAGAAAUACAAACAAGGGGACACGAAAGGUGAUGCUGCAGUGCCUGAAAGGAGGAGGAGGAAGCGCACCAUACAUCCACAAGAUGCUGCUGUUUCUCUGCAGGCACACAAACAAGUCAGUGAUCAAGCAAAAAGUCAGAUCAACCUGAGUGUUUGUUCAGUCAGUUUGUCGAGCAACAAUGUGCUGGCAAAGGAAAGAGAAAUGGCCACCAGUUCUUCAGACAUUGCAAACAAAUUUUCAGGCCAAAAGGAUGAAACUUCAAUCAUCCCGGACAGCUGGGUAGUGAAGACCAGAGCGGCUAGAAAUGUCAUUACUGCCCAGGCUUGGAUCAGGACCAGGGGCUUUUUGAAAAACACUCAAGAGACCCCAAGUAACACAUGCCAAGAGAAUUCUUCAUUUAUAAAGCCUGUGGCCCAUAGAGCUAAGAUUUCGGAUGAGCAAGGAGUUUCAGGCUUCAGGCGGAAAUAUGGAAGGCGGAAGAAAACAAAGCCUGAAGAGAGCCUUCCUGCCAUCAGUGAGAAAAGGAGCCACUGUGAGGAAAAUGAGCAUCAAAUUGACAACAUUUUGCCAAAUGAAGAGGAGGCGGGUGAAAAGACAAAGAAAAGGAGUAAAAUACGGAAGCGGGAUAGGAGUAAAGUAGAAGCGAUUCCACCGAAGAAGACCAAAAGUGGCAAAAUCACUGGCACGGUUGAGGCAGGCGAUAACAGUGACGUAAUACAGGGAGAGAACAAACCAGGGACACCCAAACGUCCACGAAUGGUCACGCUGAUGGAGUUCCAAAACCUCAUCAAGUACAGACACUCAAAAACAUGGAAGUCAAUAGAGAGCGAAAACAAGGAAACAAAUGUGACUGUAAGAGCUGGAGAAAGUGAAGAGAAGGCACGUGGUGGCAGGCGCGAAGAAUUAAUCAAAGAGACAGAGGUGGACAAAGACAGGGAGCGUUCCCACAGCAUCGUCGGCAUCACAGUCGAUAAAAAUCACAAUCAGAUUUUCAACAGCUCAACAGCUGAGUGCAACAAAUCACACGGAGAUGACACGAAGAGCUCUUGCAGUGAGGGGACCAGUGUGUUGGGUAAUGAGAACCAUCCAUCGUUUUCCUUCAAUGUCUUGGAACAAGAGGUGGCCGGUGUAGCAGCCAAGGCUGAAACACCACUGAGGACUCCUGAUGAAGGUAAAGUGUUUAGAAAAGCCCCUACAUUGGUGCUAUCUGGUGCACAAAAAGCCUGUGGUGCAGGAGUGUGGGAUGCAACACCGCAGACUGGAAUCAACGAUGAAGGCUCAUCUCACAGUGACACACACCCACCGCAGCAAGAACAGGCAAUGCUUUUGGAGCACAACAUGGAGCCUCUGACGCCUGAGAGACCUGGGCCCGCUCCAUCAGACAGUGGAGGGUUCAUCAAGAGCUCAGGCUGCAGCCGAGAAAAAGCAGAAGACGACGACGAGGAAGAGGUGGACAUUCUGCUUUACUCCCCAGACAAAGUGCCUCAGUUCAGAGGGCAUGAAAAAACUCUGGACAACAUAGAUUCAACCGCAGAGGAAGAAGAGGAGGAAGAUGUGAAUGAGAUUGAUGUGACUGGAGACGAGGCAGAGUAACUUUGUACAUAGUUUUUACUGUGUUGUGCACUAGUUCAGCACUUUGACGUGACAUACAUCAUAUUCUCUCUGUUCUGGUUUAUGUAUGUUCACAGAGAUGCCAGAUGAAGUCCAUUUUGCUGUCACAUUAUGUGUAAUAGAUUUUUAUGUCCUUUCUUCUCUGUAUUCAGUCAUCGUUGGAUAUUAUCAGGAUUGUACGUGCAAGAAUCACGGCGGGCUGGAUUUGAGCUUCUUUAGUUCCACAUGUAAGGUUCGAAUGGUUGUUUAAUUUUCCAUUACUUGUAUGCUAAAGCAUUAAUACAAAUAAGGAAAACGUUCUUACUGUUGUUAACAUUUACCAUUUAUCCUUGACAGUAAAAUUUGAAUUGUCAGACUGACUAAUGUAAAAGCACUUCAGCAGCAUUUUGUCUCUGUAAGUAAAUAUUGUAAAGAAGAAACUUUAUUUUUUGAGCCUGUAUUUGUAAAAUGCAGUCUGUUUAAAGUAUAUAAUUAUUGUUUAUUAAAAACAGUCUGUCUUUCAA